GACGUUGAUAGCUGUGAAGAGAAGAGUGUCAGUUGUCUGUGGUGAUUCAGAGUGUAAAGAUGAAGCUUCUUCUCUGCAGUCUGCUCCUCGCCUCUUAUUGUGCCCUCUCAUCUCGGUGUGUUUCAUCAGGUACAUUUGUUGUUACCCAGUCUCCUGAUUUAUCCGUCGAGGAGGGGGAGACAGUCAACAUCACCUGCUGCUGGCCACUGGAGUUUGAAAGCGUCAGCGUUAAUUGGCUGAAAAAUGACACAGAGUUGGAGUCUUUCAACUUCAAGAAUCAAGGAUCUAACUGCUCACACUUUACCUUAAGUAGUGUCACCAGAGAGGAUUCAGGGACAUACAUAUGCAGAGUGAUAGUGGAGAUACCAGUUUUAACUAUAAAAGAAGGAAAUGGUACUGUCAUCACAGUUGUAGACAACACAGAGGUCAACACAACAAGAGAACAUCAACGUAGCCUUUCUGUGGAGCGUUCUGUGAUCAUUUGUCUGGCUGUGGUGACUCCAUUACUCCUCAUCACACUCUUGUGUUUCUGCUGUCUGCGAAGGAGACAAGCACGAACAGCCAGGGUGAUCUACGAGGUUCCCCACAUUGACUCUGAGGAAGUAGAGAUGGACAAACACAGCACCAGCUCCUCCACAGGGUCCUCUCAGUGGUGUCAGGUGCCAGUGUACGAAUCCUUCGAUUACUUCGAGCGUGUGGAGAACAAAGAAAGUGAAUGAGGACCUGCUCGGGGAAUUUUUAUAUAUAUUUUUGUUAUCCCUAUUUUCAGCAUGUAAAUGAUGUAUAUACCUUUCUACUUUUACCUGAAGCAUGUACAUGUUUUUAAAUGUGUGUAAAUACUUUCUAUUUUCUAUAAAUUCUCUUUUCCAUAAACUCAA